CACCACCACCACCAGAAGAAGAGACAGAAGAAGAGAUGAAGUGUUUUCUACGAACAGAGUUGGAUAAGAAACCCAUCGUGUUUGAAAGAUAAAUAAAACACCUGCACUUAUGUACCGCAGCAUUCUGCUGUUAGCUAGCUCACUGGAUAGGUCCGAACAAAGCUAGCUAGCUAACAUCCUGUCACUUAGCUUUACCCUUUGUUUUGAUCAGCGACCGAGGAGCGACUAGUUCAAUUAAGAAGAAGUAAGAAGGUCCACUGUCUGUCAUGGCUUCAGAGGUCAGUAUGCAGGAGAUGAGUGAGGUGGUGAUUGUCACCAUACCAGAAAGUGUGGCCGAGGACCUCCCCUCUAUGAUGGAGGAGGAUAAAGCAGUGCUGGUGACCACACAGCUGAGCCCUCAGCCAGGGGAGGAGGUCCUCACAGUAGCGCCAGAGGAGGCAGAAGCUGAGGCCAGUACAUCAGAUGCACUAUCAAAGGAGGAGGCAGUCAUUGUGAAGUUAACUGAAGAGGUGGAUGUGGAGGCUGAUAUCUUCUACCCAAUCACCUGCGGAGACGCCAAAGCCACGCUGGUUUGGAAGAAGUUUGUCUGCCCAGGGAUCAAUGUGAAAUGUGUCCAGUUCAACGAGCAGCUCAUCAGCCCAAAGGAGUUUGUGUGCUUAGCAGGGAAAUCCACCCUGAAGGAUUGGAAGAGAGCCAUCCGCCUCAACGGCACCAUGCUCAGGAAGAUCAUGGACUCAGGUGAACUGGACUUCUACCAGCAUACAAAGGUCUGUUCCAACACCUGCCGCAGCACUAAGAUAGACCUGGUGGGAACCAAAGUGUCCCUCAGCAGCGAUCAAUCAGCUGACCUGGUGUCUGCCACCCCCUCCUCAGCUGACUUGAAUGGAACACUAGCCUCGUUUCCUGAGGCGACAGAGGAAACGUCAGAGUGGGUCACAGCCAUUGGAGAGGACUCUGUGGUGUUCUGGCGUGCUGUGAAGGAGGCAGGACUGCUGGAGGAGGUGGUGGAGGACUUUCAGAAGGAGCUGCAGGAGGUGCUGAAGGGGCUUCAGGAGAGAGUGUGUGACCCACCACUACAAGUCAAAGAUGCAGUUUUGCUGAACAAUAUCGUGCAGAACUUUGGGAUGCUUGACCUGGUGAAGAAGGUUCUGGCCAGUCAUAAGAGCCAGAUGGACCGUUACAGAGAGCAAUACACUCGCAGCCUUGCUGCUCUGGAGCAGCAGUGUGAUGAGCACAGGAAGCGAGCCAAGGAGCUGAAGAGUAAAUCCCAGCACCUCAACAACGUCCUGAUGACCCUCACCCCAGUCCCUUUAACCCCCCCACCCAAGCGUCCCCGGCUGACCCGCACCGUCUCCGGCCCAGCCAAGGUCAGCACUACUCCUACCCAGAUCACUCUGCCUUUCAACCAGCUUGCCGGCCUGCCACUGGGAAAGGUUCUGACCAUGGCAGGAGCCCAAGCCGGCACCAACCUGGGUGGCUACACUCUGCUGACCUCAACGCUUUCUGGGUCAGAGCUGAUGAACGACUCCUCUAACUUGACUGUGCUGUCCACCACGGCGGGUCAGGAUGGCGCCGCCAGCGGCUCCGCGGCCUUCGUUAAGAUGGUUGGCCCUCAAUUUCAGCUGGUGACGCUGCCAGCCACACUGCAGAGCCUGAACCCCUCACAGAGCAUGGCCAUCCAACAGCAGGUCAGCAGCAUCAGUGUGUUGGACGCCACGGCAACCAUUGACGAUUCACAAGAGGAAGCCCAGGCUGAGGGGGAUGACGAAAGUCAGCCAGAGCAGGUUAAAGAAGAAAAUGUGGAGCAGGUGGUGGAACAGCAGUGAGACAAAGGACAGCUGUUCUCUCCCCCGUCUCCCCUUAUUUCAUAAUUUGGAUUGAAUGUGCAUUUCCUGUGAUGUUUGAGGACCCAGUUAAUCUUUUACAGAUCCUUGGGUGUUCAUUUGUCAUUUCACACAACUCAUAAGCCUUCCUUUUAAGAUGCCCUUCACAUUUCAAGAUACUCACAUUUCUGUUUGGCAUCUGGUAGUGAGGUGGGUGUAUGUUGAUUGUGAUUUUACUGUAAAUAAGUUUUUGUACCUAAUAUAUUUGAUACAGUUGUAUGAAUUUGUUUCAUGUAGACUGUAAAAGGAGCAUUCUUCAGUUUAAUAAAUGCUCAAUU